AUGGCGAAACGUACUUGGAGGUGCGAUUUCAAAUCCCAUUUGGUGCUCGCUUCCAGCGAAAACAAUCAAGAGCAACUGAGCAAGCUGACCGAAAGCCUCCUGGACUGGAUCAACGAUACCGUCCGAAAGCGCUCCAUCGUGGUCAGGUCGUUCUUUGCCGAUCUCUGGGAUGGAAGCGUGCUUGUGGAGCUGUUGGAAAUUCUUAGAGGCGUUCAGCUGGGUAUCGGACCCAACAUCCACAUUUCCGUCAGCAGCUCGGCGGUACGCGAGAAAUGGGAAGCAGUACUGCGCGAGAUCGAGCACGAUUUAGGCGUGGAGCAGCUGGGCGCCGCGUGCGGGCAGUGGGGACACGAGGAGUGCGACGACACGUCGGCGGCAGACUAUGAGCUGGGCGUGCACAGUUCGCUGCUGGAAGAGUUGCUGGACCGCAACCCGCUGGCACUGCUGCAGGUGGCUACGCAGCUGGCGCUGUACCAUCGCAGUGGCGGCUACCCAAAGCUGCCCGUCAACAUCACGCUGGACUUUGUGCGGGCAACGCGUCACAUGAAUACAAUGGUGACAGUCCCGCUAUCCGUGCGCCUUACCGCCGAAGUCGACAUCUUCUGGCACAACCAGAACGAGAUUUUGGAGCUGCAGAACGCGGUGACGUGCGUGCGCUGCCUCUACCAGAGCGGGCAGCGGCACGUGCUGGUGGACUCGCUGCUCGAGUUCGUCAACAAUCACCUCGGCGUGAUCACGAAGCCGGCGGAGUCCAUCGGCGACUUUGCCAGUGGUGUGCUGUUCAUACUGCUUGCCGGCAUGCUGGGGUCGUUCUUCGUGCGCCUGGACAGCUUCUUCGCGGUGCCGUUCAGCCACGGUGAAUCAUUACACAAUGCCGACAUGGCCCUGACACUGCUCCAGGAGUCUGGCUCGCCGCAGCUGGAGCACGUGCGCACGAUCUGCACGCCGGAGGACAUCGCGGACAAUGAGGAGAGGGCCAUCGUGCAGCUGCUCUACGCUAUCAAGACAUUCUAUGUCUGA